GUUGCUGGGAGAGCAUGGCACGGCUCCAGGACCCCUGUGCUCACACAGGAGAGGAGUGAACGAAUGAGAGAGUGACAAGAGAGGGAAUAGGUAGAGUCGGGCUGUUUCACGGCUGUCACAGCUGCUUGAGCACUGAGUGUUGUUGAGUUCCAAUCACACACACUCUGUCACAUAAACAAGGGAGAGAAAAGGAGGAGAAAAAGGAAGGAUGACGGCCAGUUUGUCGCAGCUUUGGGUGCAUAUGUGAUAGAAGAAAGAGGAAACCUCGGUCACAUCCCGGGUUCCACCACACAGCAACUUCUCUCUGCUCCAUGCUGCGUCUUCCUCUUGCUCACAGUUAAGAGGGAUUAAACUUUUUUUUUUUUUUUAAAUCUCUUGUUGGCACAUCCGGAACUCUUUGAGUCUCCGUCAUGGAGUCUCCCACUAAAGAGAUCGAGGAGUUUGAAAGCACGGCCCUGAAGUACCUGCAGCCGGAACAGAUUGAAAAGAUUUGGCUCAGGCUCCGAGGACUGCGCAAGUACAAGAAGACAUCCCAGAGAUUACGAUGUCUGGUGAAGCAACUGGAGAGAGGAGAGGCUUCGCUCACAGACCUCAAGAAGAACCUUGAGUAUGCUGCGUUGGUGCUGGAAUCCGUUUAUGUGGAGGAGACGAGGCGUUUGGUGGACACAGAGGAUGAGCUCAGUGACAUCCAGUCAGAGUCCGUGCCCUCCGAGGUUCGGGAUUGGCUGGCCUCCACCUUCACCCGCCAGAUGGGCCUGAUGCUGCGGCGCAAUGAGGAGAAACCUCGCUUCCGCAGCAUCGUCCACGCCGUCCAGGCUGGCAUAUUUGUUGAGAGGAUGUACAGACGCACCUCCAAUAUGGUGGGACUCAGCUACCCCCCGUCCGUCAUAUCUGUGCUUAAGCAUGUUGACAAGUGGUCGUUUGACGUCUUCGCUCUAAAUGAGGCCAGCGGAGAUCAUGCUCUUAAAUUCAUAUUCUAUGAGUUGCUUACAAGAUACGACCUGAUUAGCCGUUUCAAGAUCCCAAUCUCUGCGGUGGUGUCAUUCGUGGAGGCCCUAGAAGUGGGAUACAGCAAACAUAAAAACCCCUACCACAACCUGAUGCACGCUGCUGAUGUCACACAGACUGUACACUACUUGCUACUCAAGACUGGCAUGGUGCAUUGGUUGACUGAGCUUGAGAUCUUUGCCAUGAUCUUUGCGGCGGCUGUGCACGACUACGAGCAUACGGGGACGACAAACAACUUCCACAUUCAGACAAGGUCAGACACGGCUAUCCUGUACAACGACCGUUCGGUGUUGGAAAGUCACCAUGUCAGCGCCGCCUACCGCCUGCUGCAGGACGACGAUGAGAUGAACAUCCUCUACAACCUCUCCAAGGACGACUGGAGAGAGCUGCGGGCUCUGGUGGUGGAGAUGGUGCUGGCCACGGACAUGUCCUGCCACUUCCAGCAGGUUAAGGCCAUGAAGAACUUCCUACAACAGCCCGAGGGCAUUGACAAACCCAAAGCCCUGUCCCUGCUGCUGCACACAGCUGACAUCAGCCAUCCAGCCAAAAGCUGGGACCUCCACCACCGCUGGACCACCUCUCUACUGGAGGAGUUCUUCAGACAGGGGGACAAAGAAUCAGAGCUGGGCCUGCCGUUCUCUCCACUCUGCGACAGAAAGUCCACAAUGGUGGCCCAGUCCCAGAUCGGGUUCAUCGACUUCAUCGUGGUGCCCACCUUCACUGUGCUGACGGACAUGAUGGAACGGAUCGUCAAACCGCUCAUCGACGAAGCCUCCCAUUCAGGUUUUGCUGGCUUUAGACGCUCAAGUCUAAACAGUAUUGGCUCAGAUGAGCCCAAGAGGCACAGUGUGAAGAGCUCCGACAGCAGCUCGUCGGGACAGAGCUCUCUGCUGAUGGUGGACCUGAAGAACUUCAAGGCUUUGUGGAACGAAGAGGUUUACCAGAACAGAGAGAGGUGGAAAUCUCAAGCUGCUAAAGAGGCAGAGGAGAGAGCUAAAAGGGAAAUUGAGGAGCUAGCCCAGCAGGAAGAGGCUAUGGAGCCCCAGGAGGUCCAGACAGAACCAGAACAGCCUGAACCAACGGAGGACCAACCGGAGGGGGAGGAGCCUGAGUCACCAGAGGUCAGCCAAACACCAGAUGGUAACACGGAGGAAACGGAGCUGGAUGAGCAGCCUGAGAGCGCCUCACACAAGACUCCCCCCCUGCAGAACGGAGAGUUGUCUGAAGGGACUGAAUCUCCAGAGGGGGGAGAAAACAAGAACAAAGGAGACGAUGCAGAGGUUACGAUGGAAUGAGCUGCAUUGCAUCCCUGCUGCGCUGCUGAAGAUACUCUUUGCUGUUUGAGAGGACUCAAACUCAGACCAGAGGAAAGUCCAUUGUUUGGGCUGUGUCGCCCUCUACAGGCCACCAAGAAAACUGACACCUUCUCUUCCGUUUCUCUCUGUGAGCAACUGUUUAUUUUACUGCAAGGCUCCUGUUCGCAGAGCUCUACCCACGUGCAUUAAUCCUACCUUCCUGCUUACUGAUGAAGAUGAUACAGAAGAAGAUGACCUCACUACGACACGAUGAUGGGCUUAUUUUUCAUUUGCCAAUCUUGCUUUGGGUUGUGUUUGUAACUCAGCCACAGACAUGUAGCCAUUGUCCCACCGCUGUUAUGUAUCGCUGUCUAAACUCACUAUUAGAUUUGAACACUUCGAGAACUUUGUAGUUUAAAAAAAGUUUAUUUAGAGACAAAAUUACGAUCACGAUUAUUUAUUUUGGUACGUAUCGGAGCAGAAGGACUUCUGUAGCUGCUACACAGGAUGUACAGCAUGCUAUUAUGUGUAGAGUACGUUGGAGUUAAAUUCACAGGUUAAAAGCACUACUAUUUUACUAGAAAACUCAUCCACUCUAUGUAGAAAACCUGACUUUUUCCUGUGCUAGCUUGUCCAGUUUUAUGUCCCUUAAUACUUUCUUUUCCUAUGACUUUCAGACAUGGUGAAAUUCUCCCAGCCAUGUUUAUAUUUGUUGUGUGUGUGUUUCUGUCCUCUUUACUGUAAAUAUUUAACGUUUGUACAUGUAUGAAUACAAUCCACCAACAGAUGUUUUUUGUUUGUUUUGGAUUUAGUGUAAGAUAUCGCUGUGAGAAAUGUCCAAAAAUUAGAAUGCAACUUCUGCGUUUCAAACAUAUCACACAUUGUUUUGGGGUUUUUUUGUAUUAUAAAAAAAGUCCUUUUCUUUUUGUAAAACUGUUUUGCUUGUUUCCCAUAUGAAUCAUGCACUAGUUAUCCUCACACUGUAUGUAAUUUCUUCGUCAAAAGACUUCUUCUCGAUGCCUUCUUAUAUGUAUUUAAGCUGUAGCAAAGAGUCAACAUGGUUGCGGAUUUAGAGAAAUAUAUGUCUUUUAUUUUGCAGAUAUGUUACAGCAGCUUCGCCUACGAGGCUGCUGGCGUGAUGUUUUGAUCGACAUAUUUACAGUGUGCUCGCUCUCCUGUCAGCCAGUUGAAUCCAUCAUGCUUCUGUGAUGCAUCCGAGGCUAAGAGUCCAACCUGUAUCUGCUUCUUGGUCGUUUGCCUGGUUUUUAAGGCUUGUAAUGUUGUGUAUAGGAGAUGCAAAUAUUGCUUACUGUGCAUAUGUAACAUAUUGAACCUCCGCAAUGCUGGUUAAGCUUUUACUAUAUACUUAAUAUGUGUAAUUGGAAGAAAAAAUACAAUUUUGGCAGUAUUUGCAUAAUGAUUGACAUGUUUUCCCCUAUAAAUUGUGCACUGUUAUUAUUUUUCCCUUUUGUUUUAAAUGAUUUUGGAAUGAAAAAUCCCCAAAUUGUUGUUAUUGUGCCAAUAUCAAGUAAGGGCACUUUUUGGAUUUGAUGUUAUUAUUAUUGUUUGAAAGUAUACUGGCAUAUGGGGGUUAAGCAACUCAACACCUAAACAUUUAUAUACAAAUGUAGGAUUUAUUUUCAGCCUCUUUGUUUUAAUACACACUCCUCGUUUUUAUAUUAUACCAGCGACUUUGGUAUGGAUAAAAAGCAGUUUAUCACGUAAUGUAACCACAUGCAACUUUUACCUAAAGAACACAGUCAGUGGUUAGCAGGCCAGCUGGCUGAAUGUGUGCCUAUAUAAAUGUACUUUCCAUUUGACACCUGUAGGAAAAUUAAUUGUGUGAUGUCAUUUGAAUCUGUGCUGAUCCAGGUACAGUCAAACAAAACAAUUCAUAUCUUCCUACAAUUACUCCAGUCUUGAGUCAAGACUUUUAUUUUGUUGAAAAGUCUGUUUGAUGUUGCAGAAGUAUUUAUAGUGGUUUAUUUGGCUCUUUUUCAUCUAUUUUAUAGCUGUGUAUUUUGAUUUUAGUUCUACUGUACUGUUCCCUGGAUUGUCCAAAAUGACGUCUUCAACGUGUAACGACAUUUUACUUCUUUUUUUUCAAGUUGUGUCUCCUUUAGUGUCUAGUUUAGUGUGUGUCUGUUGGAUAUGUUUAAUUCCACCAGCUCUGAAGUCAGAAAAAUGUAAUUGGCUCAAAGCUGUACAUUUAAAAUGUAACAAUCAUAUAAAAAAAUGGAUUUAUAAAUAGAACAAAUACAAACGCAUCGUGUGCUCCGAACAGCCUGCCUGAUACUUGGUGAAGCAGAUUAUAUUUUCUGUACCAAGGGACCAACACAUGUACAGUCUUGUAGUUUGCUCAAUCUUUCACCUGCUACUGUGAUAACCUACUGUAUGAAUAUUUAACAAGAGUUUAUACCAACCAUAAUCAGAAACAUAGCUGUAUUUAUGACCUGUAAAGACUUCUAAACACGGUGUUUUGUAAUUGUUACUACGGAACAGAUUGUGUUGUUUGUUUAAUGCUUUGUUUCCUUGUUUAGUUAGUCUGAAUCACUCUAUAAUGAUCGAUCUCAAACUGUUCUAGUGACUGAGGUUAGAUGGAUGUAAAGCGUGUGUGUGUGUGUGUAUGAGAAACUGCCGAAAAAUACUUAAUGUGCAUUUCUGAUCUCCUCACUGUGACCUGCUCUAUCGAUGAGAGUUUGAAUGUGUGUGUGUGUGUGUGUGUGUGUGUGUGUGUGUGUGUGUGUGUGUGUGUGUGUGUGUGUGUGUGUGUGUGUGUGUACACAAACAAGUGUGUGUGUCUGAAUGAAGGAUUGAAUGAGAAACAAAAAGUGACGCAGUGGACUGUUUAAAGCUGGUAAACAACUCUCACCGCCAAAAACAUUUAAAAAUUAAGAUCUAAUUCUCAUAUAUUGUAUAUACCAUAUUAGACUUAUGCCAUAGAAUUUGAUUUCAUAUAUACAUCAGAAGUAGAUGUAUUAUAAAGUUUAAAUUAUAAAAAGUGAUGGUAAUAAAAAGGUGAGUAGUCAAACUAGCUAACAGAAGAAAAAAACCGCCUUGGGUUAAACUCUCCUCUACAUCCAUGAACAGAAAGAAAGGCUUAGUGUGUAUGGGGGUGUGUGUGUGCAUGCAUGUGCGUGUCACUGUCCCAUGCCGGCCGGGCGGCCGUGUGUGCCACCAUGCUCUGUGACUGCACAGCUGUAUCAAUAAAUCUGGAUUCA